UAUCACCCGACUGUUAAUCAUCAAACGCAAGUACUGUCAGUGUGAUUUGUGUCAGUAAUCACAGAAUAUGAGCAGAAGCAGAGAUAGUAGGGACCGUCUUGAUCAGCUUGAUGGUGAGGUGAGUGAGGUCACCUCCCUUCUCAAGGACAAUGUUGACAAGGUGUUAAGAAGGGGAGAUAAGCUAGAUGACAUCCAGCAGAAAGCAGAGGACCUUGAGUCCAGUUCCGUUCAGUUCCAGAGAAGUUCCAAAAGUCUUCGACGGAAAAUGUGUUGUUCCAAUAUCAAAAUGACCUUAAUCUUAAUCCUGGUUGUGUUUGUUAUUAUUGCAGUCAUCGUGGUUAUCAUCUUAAUGACUGUGAAACCAUGGGAACAUUCAGACAGUGGAAAUAAUCACCAUGGAAACAAGACACUCACAAAUGGAUAAUUAAUCAUAAAUCUGAAAUCCAUCAGUCCUCGGUGACUUCUUACAUAAAGUUAGUCCCAACUUACAUUCCACCUGCUUGAUAAGUGAUAUGAUGUUAGUGAUUCUGUAUGAAUUAUUGUUGAGUUAUGUGUCAAUCAUAAUAUUGUAUUUUAUCAUUUUUGUCCCAGUGUUAUAUAUAUAUAGAUUCUAUUAUAUUGUAAUUAUACAUUGUUUUUUUGUAUUAAGACACAUGUCACUAAAUAAUAAUAAAAUAUUUACUUACUUACUUAGUAUUCGAGGAAAUUAGUAUUAACAUUAAUUACAACAAACUGUCGGUCAUUAUGAGGAUCAUGCAUUGUUAGAAUGGUUAUAGAGGAAUAGACAUGUAUGCAGUGUAUUUACAUAAAGAUUAUACAGUACAUGUAUUAAUUUUUAAAUUGUUUGUCAUGACACUUGUUUGAGAGAUUCUGUAUGGUCAAUUUGGUUGUGAUGUAGACCAUUUCCUGUAGUUCGAAGUUUAUUGAUUCUCGUCAAGUAAAUUACUUUUCUUUAUUUAUUUCCACUUUAAUUAUUUUAAAGAAUAUCUCAUUAGGCAUAACUUUUCUAGAAAUAUAUUUAGGAACCGGUAUUCUGGGAGCAUUGCAUAAACAAUACGUUUCCUACCUUACAAAAACUUUUAGCUGUUAUAACCAUGCAAUUUUAAUCAUAGAGGCUUUGAAAUUAAAAUGUACUGCUAAAAAUAUAACAAAUGUGUCAGAACUAAACUGGCCAAUGAAUUAUGUCAGGUUAUAGAAUAAAGAUAAUAAAGGGGGUUUUUUAUUUGUUUUUCAAAAUGUACUAAAUCUAUGUCUAUAAAAAGCCAUGAUACAUUUUACAUAUAAAUGUGUGAAAAAAAAAUCAUAGAAUCCCAUGAAAACAUUGUUUAUAAUUCUUUAUUUCACAUUCCAGGUACCGGUAAUUAUUAAUUAUUUUUGGAACUCUGUUCUAAGUUUCAAUGAAAUGCACUGACAUUCAAGCAACUUGGAAGAAUUUCGGGAAAAAAAAGAGAAGAUUUUUCAUGAUAUUACAGAAAAGAAGCCAAUUAGUUCUCCUUAAUCUACAACCAUGGCAGGGGGCUAAAAUUAAUAGGGAGGAUGCUAAUGUCUGUUGAAUCCUUCUUUCCUU